AUGGAGAUCGCGUCGGCUCCCGCGCCGACCGGCUCCGUCGCGUGCGCGUCGGCGCCCGUGGACGAUGCGCGCGUGGUGCCGUGGAGCGACGUACCGCGGGUCGCACGGCGAUCAGCGGGCGGCAGCAGCAACGACGGGCUAACGGCGUGCAGCAAUGCAGCAGCCGCGGCGCUCGCGCUGACACUCAAUCCGCUUCCUGGGAGCCAACACACGCAAACAACGUCAUCGCCGCGUCCUCUUUAUAUACCCCCGCCGCAGCGCCACCAUCACAACUCGGCUCUCCAAUCCGCUCUCUCCCCUGCCCUAUGUCUCUCUGCGCUCCAUGCACCGCGGCCCGCCUGCACUCCUCCUUUCCAAUCACCUGCUGACACAUGGCGGGCCAGCUUGCCAUUUCACGGUACGUGGCAUGCGUCUGGGGGUGCGCUGCUCACAUACAGCAUUGCGAGAGGGACGUGGCAUGGCCAUGGGAAUGCACUGACAGCACAACCGCUUAUCCAAUCCGCUGCCCCUCAUUCCCAGAUUCAAACCGCCCGCCCUUUCUCCUCCCUCCUUUCUCAUCCCCUCGCUCAAUCUCUCCCUCAGUUGCUGUCCCACUCCGCGGCAGCAGCAUCAGGCAGGGCGCACGGGCGCGGCCAUGUGCAGCAGUUGGUGGGAGCGUACCACUCAGCUGCAGCGACAGAUGGCUCUCAGGCGGUCAGCAAGUUCGAAGAGGUGGGGCCAGUGGACCCCUUCUCCCUAGUGGCGGACGAGCUCAAAGGCCUGGCGGACAAGAUGCGCGCCAUGAUCCUCUCAGAGAUCCCCAAGCUGGCCACAGCAGCGGACUAUUUCUUCAGAGUCGGCGCCACCGGCAAGCGAUUCCGUCCCACUGUCAUUCUGCUCAUGGCAUCGUCCCUGGAGCACGCCCACUGCACCCCUGUCGUCGCGCUCUCAGGGGCACCGGGGGUGCCACUGGGGGGCGUGCCAGUGGGGGAGGUGUUUACUGCGGAGGAGAGGAGGGAGAGGCAACGGAGAAUAGCGGAGAUCACGGAAAUGAUCCAUGUGGCGAGUCUGCUGCAUGACGAUGUGUUGGACCAUGCGGACACCAGGCGAGGCGUGUCAUCGCUCAACUACAUGAUGGGCAACAAGCUAGCGGUGCUGGCGGGGGACUUUCUGCUGGCGAGGGCGUCAGCGGCGCUGGCGGGGCUGCGCAACACGGAGGUGGUGGAGCUGCUGUCCGCCGUGCUCGAGCACCUCGUGGGGGGCGAGGUCAUGCAGAUGACUGCUGAACCCACACAGUGCAGCAGCAUGGAGUACUACAUGCGCAAGACGUUUCUCAAGACGGCGUCGCUCAUGGCCAACAGCUGCAAGGCCGUGGCCGUGCUGGGCGCCCACGAUGCCCCCACGGCACACCUCGCCUACGACUACGGCCGCCACCUCGGCCUGGCGUUCCAGCUGGUGGACGAUGCGCUGGACUUCACAGGCUCGCUCUCCUCCCUGGGCAAACCUGCUCUCAAUGACAUUGCUCAGGGGCUGGUGACAGCGCCGGUGCUAUUUGCAGCGGAGCAGCACCCCGGCAUGCACCGCCUCAUGGACCGCAAGUUCUCCCACCCCGGAGACGUGCAGCAGGCGGUGGCGUGGGUGGAGCAGAGUGGGGGAGUGGCACGCACCAAGGCGCUGGCAGCAGAGCACUGUGCGCUGGCAGUGCAGGCGGUGCAGGCCAUGCCAGCAGCCAGAACGCAGUAUGCACACCGGUGCCGCCUCGGACUCAUUGAGCUCACGCACCUCGUGCUCUCCCGCUCCAAGUAG